GAUUUCAGGAGCCGGGGGGAGAGAGACGCGACAGGCGGUGGGUUUGCGGUGCGGUGUCACAGCGCACACGCGAAGCGGAAGAUCGGGGGUUGCAGUGCGGAGCUGGGGGGCGGAGAGACACGCGACAGGCGGUGGGUUUGCGGUGCGGUGUCACAGCGCACACGCGAAGCGGAAGAUCGGGGGUUGCAGUGCGGUGCUGGGGGGCGGAGAGAGACGCGACAGGCGACGGGCUUCCCAUUGGCGGGGCCUGAAGCGUCACGUGACUCGGAGACGCGUUCUGCGAGUGCGAAGUUUACGCCGCUACCGAAGAUGGCGGCCUCCAUUGGCGCGGUUAUCUAUAGGGCUCUGCACAGCCGCCGCCACAGGAAGUUGCUGUCUAUAGGUCAGGGGCUCUUCAGUGGGGCGCGGUGCCUUGUCGCGGAGGGGGAGACACAUUUCGGAUUCCAGAAUGUGUCGGAGACGGAGAAAGGGGAGAAAGUUUACCAUGUAUUUGAAAGCGUGGCUAAGAAGUAUGAUAUAAUGAAUGAUUCAAUGAGUCUGGGGAUUCAUCGGCUCUGGAAGGAUAUCCUGCUGCAUCAAAUGAACCCUUACCCAGGAACUCAGCUGCUAGACGUUGCUGGAGGGACAGGUGACAUCGCCUUUCGGUUUAUCAAUUAUGUUCGGUCCCAGUGGGAGCACCAGAUCAAACAGAAACUGAAAUCCCAUCAGAAUUUAUCAUGGGAGGAAAUCUCUAAGAGUUACCAGGAAGAGGAACUUAAAUUGCCAGGAGGUUCCCAAGUGGUGGUCUGUGACAUUAAUAAGGAAAUGCUAAAGGUUGGAAAGCAGAAAGCACAACAUCUUGGCUACUCUGAAGGCUUGUCAUGGGUGGUUGGGAAUGCAGAAGAGCUGCCCUUCAAUGACAACAAGUUUGAUGUUUACACAAUUGCCUUUGGAAUACGGAAUGUAACUCAUAUUGACCAGGCACUACAGGAGGCAUAUCGUGUGCUGAAACCAGGAGGGAGAUUUCUGUGUCUGGAAUUCAGUCAAGUCAACAACCCCCUUAUUUCCAGGCUCUAUGACUUGUACAGUUUCCAGGUUAUCCCUGUUCUGGGUGAGAUUAUUGCUGGAGAUUGGAAAUCCUACCAGUACCUUGUGGAAAGCAUCCGACGUUUUCCAGCCCAGGAUGAGUUCAAGGCAAUGGUUGAAGAUGCAGGUUUUCUGAAAGUGGAAUAUCGAAAUCUAACAUCGGGCAUUGUAGCCAUUCACUCAGGUUUCAAACUGUGACCCUCCUACUUUGCAAGGCUCUUGAAGGAUAAAGGGUAUUUCUCCUGAGGAAGCUAAAACCAAUGCAACUCCAAAAACUUCACUGCCAAGAUGGACUGAGGGGAGGGGAAGAUUUGGUCCCUCUGCAGAAUCUAAAGCUUCAGACUUUGGGUUUCUGAGAAGUUUAAAUUAUGUUCUUACAACCAGGUCAAGACCUGGAAUCCCUCUGCCAAUUAGGUACUUAUGUAAGUAUGGGUCAAGUGAUUCCUUGAUGCCUGGUUUGUGCUCACUCUCAACUGAUUACCACUUUUCCCAAACCUCGCAGACAGUGACUUUUGUAUUAGACUUGUUUAGUAUAUAUUAUUUUCUAAAGUACAGUGUGAGGAUAUGGCAAAAAUUACACUUAACUUAUCUAAGCUUGACAGCAUAUACUCCAUAUAGUAAUAGAACUGGUUGAAGAUAGAUAUGGACCAACUUGCCUUGAAACAAGAUAUCACCUUAUAUUGUAUUGAAGUAAUGACUCUAGUUCAAGGUAGGUAUGGAAAUAUGGGCAACACCUAAAAUUACAGAUGUGAGACACAGGGUUUGUGUAUUUAUUUUAAAGAUCAUAUUAAAUUUUAUAUAUCAGUCUUUCACUUGUGUGGUAAAUGUCUCACUGAUCUCUGAAGACUUGUCUGCAGAAGUAGUAAGUUAUUAAUGUAUUUCCUCAAUGAUGGGGAUAAAGUUCUGAAAGAAUCUGUUCAUUGUCCUCACUUUAACUAUACUGUCAUGAAACAGUGCUAUAGUUGUGAAAUACACUACCCAUCACCUUAUACCAUGUCUGAAGAAAUUUUCCACUCUUUUACCUCUGUAUCCUGUUAAGACUGACAAGUUACUCAGAUCCAAGGAAACUUCUGCAGUAAUGAAUGUGGAAAAACUAGAAAUAUUGUAUUAA